CGCUCCUGUCGCUGAACCCUCAGGAAGACACCAGGUUUCAGGAGGAGGUGGCGCACGUUCGCCGGCGCAUAAUCCGGACUGCGAAGGUGUGAGUAAACAGUGAUCUGCAUACAAAACUGAAUGGUACAUUUAUGUGGAGUUCUCUGGGCAGAAGAUAUAAAAUAACACGUUCAAAGAUUUAGUUGCUUAUCUGUUGAUUUCACCGUGAAAUUACUGAGCACUUACAUUGUGCUGGGUGCUGGAAUGCAAGGCUGAGAAGAUAAUCGACUGCUUGAUGAUUGUCCUUGUGGGAAAACAGUCGUCGAACAGCUCCUUCUUUAAGUAUUACUGUGAUAAGUGUAAAUACUGGCGACAAGAGCAAGAAAAACUUAAACCUGGAGUAAUCUAUGUGGGCCACCUACCCUACGCACUUUACGAAACCCAGAUCCGAGCAUAUUUCUCCCAGUUUGGCACUAUUACAAGACUCAGACUGUCCAGAAGUAAAAGGACUGGAAAUAGCAGAGGCUAUGCCUUUGUGGAGUUUGAGUCUGAGGAUGUUGCCAAGAUAGUUGCUGAUACAAUGAACAACUACCUUUUUGGUGAAAGACUCUUGCAAUGCCGUUUUCUGCCACCUGAGAAAGUACAUAAAGAACUUUUUAAAGAGUGGAAUAUUCCAUUUAAACAGCCAUCAUAUCCAGCAGUGAAACGGUAUAAUCAGAGUCGGACACUUCUACAAAAGUUACGGAUGGAGAAGCGAUUUAAAAAUAAAGAAAAAUUACUCAGGAAGAGAUUAGCUGAAAAAGGAAUUGAUUAUGAUUUUCCUUCAUUGAUUUUACAGAAAAAGGAAAAAGUUUCAAACACUGAUCUUCAGAAGUCUACAAAUAGCCAGGUUUUACCUAAAAAGAAGAAGAAGAAGAAGAAGAAAGUUUUAGGCACUGCUAACACUCCUGAGAAGACUGUGGAUAGCCAGGGCCCCACACCAGUUUGUACACCAACAUUUUUGGAGAAACGACAGUCUGAAGUGGCUGAAAUGAAUGACGAUGAUAAAGAUAAUGAAGUAGUUUUCAAACAGCCUGUAUCCAGUGUAAAAGAAGAAAUACAAGAGACUCAAACACGUGAACGUUCAGGGAAAAAAAGACGACGAAAAAGCAAUCAGUGACUGAAUGUAUUAUGUACAAUAUUUCUUAUGAAAAAUGUGAUUUUGUCAUAAGGGAUGACUUCAUAUUUUACUAGGUACAGUGAAACACAACCAUUGACAAGAUCUUUGGAGGAAAAUCAUACCAUUCAUUCAAGUUAAUAGGAAAGCAAUUUGUUAUUUUGGCUUGCCUGCCCUUGCUGAAACACAGGUGUGCAUACCAGCUUGUAGUAGGCUGGACUCAACGCUGUUUGUCCUAAUCUCUAGUUUGUUUUUUGUUGUUGUUAGAUUUUAUAGCUCUCCUUAGUUACUCUGCCUGGAUAGAAGGAUCACCAUUAACUGCACAGUUCAGUACUAAACUGCAACCUUUUUUUUGUUACCACUAAAUAAAGACCACCAAUCUUGCUUGACCAUCAA